GUAAUAGAUUUCAUCAACCUCCUAAUAUAGCAAUUAACACUCUCUCUAUCUUCCCCUCCCUCUCCCUCUUUCAAAAAAAAAAAAAAUCCUGAGGAGGAAGAAGAGAGGACAGAAACAGAGGAAAGAAAACAACAGAAGUAAGAACAGAAUGUUGUGUUUCAGAUCAAACCCAUGUGCAUUGUUUCUUCUUUUCUUUUUCUCUUUGUUUCUGUUCAGACAUGAAGUAACGUCUGAAGCUUCAAAUGUCAGAACCUUACACAUCUCAGGGUAUUAUAAAAGUUUUGUCUUCGGGGAGAGAGAGCACACUGAAAUGUUACCGUGGAAGAAGAUAGAAAGGAGGAACCUUGCAGAGGGAAGUGAAGGAGACAACUCAUCUUUGAUUUUGGCUGGAGAAAGGACUCGUAGGAGGGACCCUCUUGAUAAUUUCAAGAAGUACACCGGUGGCUGGAAUAUCAGUAAUGAACACUAUUGGGCUUCUGUGGGUUUUACGGCGGCUCCUUUCUUUGCCAUUGCUGCAGUCUGGUUUGUGAUAUUUGCGCUAUGCUUGUUCAUCAUAUGUAUCCGUCAUUGUUGUUGUCGACUAGAUAAUUAUGGCUACUCUCGGACAGCUUAUGCACUAUCUCUCAUUCUCCUCAUACUCUUCACCAUUGCUGCAAUUGUUGGGUGUGUUGUGCUGUACACUGGCCAGGGAAAAUUUCAUGCCAGUACAACAAACACACUGGACUAUGCCGUUAAUAAGGCAGAUGUUACUGCUGAAAGCCUCAGGAAUGUGUCAGAUUAUCUUUCUGCAGCUAAGAAAAUUAGUGUGGAUUCCGUUUUUCUGGCACCAGACGUCCAGAAAAGCAUUGAUGAUAUUGAAAAGAAGAUCAACUCUUCUGCUACCACUCUUUCCACUCAAACUGGCGAUAAUAAAGACAAAAUUCAAAAUGGUUUGGACAGCAUGAGAUUGGCCCUUAUAAUUGUUGCUGCUGUGAUGCUUUUUUUGGCAUUUCUUGGAUUCUUAUUCUCCAUUCUCGGAUUGCAGUUUCUGGUGUACACGCUGGUGAUCCUUGGGUGGAUUCUUGUUGCAGGCACAUUUAUUUUGUGUGGAGUAUUUCAUCUCCUCCACAAUGUGGUUGGAGAUGCCUGCGUUGCAAUGGAUCAAUGGGUCCAGAAUCCUACUGCCCAUACUGCAUUAGAUGACAUUCUGCCCUGUGUGGACAACGCAACAGCCCAAGAGACCUUGUUACGAACCAAGAAUGUCAGUUACCAACUUGUGAAUGUCGUGAAUGGUGUCCUCAAUAAUGUUGCAAACAAAAAUUUUCCACCAGCAUUGGCACCUUUAUAUUACAAUCAAUCUGGUCCAUUGGUGCCAGUUCUUUGCAACCCGUUUAAUUCUAAUCUCACAAAUCGGCAGUGUGCAUCUGGCGAGGUUGACUUGUAUAGAUCCUCGGAGGUUUGGAGGAACUAUACCUGUCAGGUUUCAUCCUCUGGGAUUUGUUCUACACCUGGGCGGCUGACCCCUCAAUUUUACACUCAGAUGUUAUCUGCAGUGAAUGUCAGUUAUGCUUUGUAUCGCUAUGGUCCAUUCCUCGUAAAUCUGCAAGACUGCACUUUUGUGCGUGAUACAUUCACAGACAUCAGUCAUGAAUAUUGUCCUGGUCUGCGGCGCUAUAGUCAAUGGAUCUACAUUGGAUUAGUACUUGUAUCUGCUGCUGUGAUGCUGUCAUUGAUCUUCUGGGUAAUCUAUGCAAGAGAGAGAAGACAUCGUGUUUACACUAAACAGUACGAUGCUAGAUCAGAAGGCCUAGACAAGGGUCGAUGAACUCCAAGCCUAAUUAGCAGGUUGUUAAUUUGCUUGUAUAUUUCGAGUAUCAUACAUUGCAAAAUUUUGUACAUUGUCUGUUAUCCUUUGGCUUGAAUUUUGUGCAGUGCAGUCUAUAGCCAUGCACAAGAUAAUUUAGUAUUUGGAAGCCUCUUCUAGAAGGAAUGACUAUCGUAUCCUCUUGGUAUAAUGCA